AUGGAUAUAGGAAGAGAGUUUAGCAAUCAAGAACGUCACAAGGGAUGGGAUGAUUGCCUCUACCAAGAGUUAAAAGAACAACGAAUGAUCAAAUUCUUCAACACAGCCAAGUUCAUAAAUUAUUCGUACGUACGUACCGCAAACAAGAUGAAUACAGCUGCGUUAGAUACAAACCAUAGAAUAAAAAGAGGGAAAAUACAGAAAGAGGGAAAGACGGAAGCACCAAUUUCUCUGAAGAGGAAACGUGUGACAAGGAAGAUAAGGACUAAGCGUUAUCACAAGAAGAAUUGCAGCAGAUACAGAUCUGGCAUGUUUAAAAGCCAUGAAUUAGAUGCAAGAGAAGGCUCAGUGUUGACUUUUGUGGGGUAUUGGUCUAGAAAUGGGACAUAUGUUGGAGGACAUGGAUGGAGAAGUUUAGAGAUAGUUUUGCAAAGGUUUAAAUUUGAUGAAAAAGGCGAAUAA